GAAAAACACAACGAAAAAAAAAACUCAUAAGCACUUGUGAGUUGUGAGACUAUCCAUUUCCUCUCCAACAAGCCACUUCGGUUCCCCUUUGUUUUAUAUAGGAGUAUAAUUAGUAAUUUCUUCUUUAGUAUUCACCCUCGAACGAACCUUGGCAAAUCGCGAAGUCAUCAACAAUGGCGACUGCUCUUACAGAAAAAAGUAGUCUUGCAACAAUAGGUUCCACCACUCUUGGAGAUGGAUUACGCCAUUAUUAUCUCAAACGGAUCAACGAGCUUGAACAUCUUUUACGUCAGAAAACUCUCGAUCUUAGCCGUCUUGAAGCUCACCGUAAUGAGCUUAAUUCUCAAGUGAGGAUGCUCAAAGAAGAACUAAUGUUACUUCAAGAGCCAGGAUCUUAUGUUGGUGAAGUUGUCAAGGUCAUGGGGAAGUCUAAGGUCUUGGUUAAGGUUCAUCCAGAAGGGAAAUAUGUUGUCGAUGUUGAUAAGAGCAUUGACAUAACGAAACUGACACCUUCCACAAGAGUUGCUCUUCGAAAUGACAGUUAUGUUCUUCAUCUGGUCUUACCGAGUAAAGUUGAUCCUUUGGUCAACCUAAUGAAAGUUGAGAAAGUUCCUGACUCAACAUAUGACAUGAUUGGAGGUUUAGACCAGCAAAUCAAAGAGAUGAAGGAGGUUAUUGAGCUUCCAAUCAAACACCCUGAGUUGUUUGAGAGUCUUGGUAUUGCUCAACCAAAGGGAGUUCUGCUUUAUGGGCCACCUGGUACUGGAAAAACGCUGCUUGCUAGGGCAGUGGCACAUCAUACUGACUGUACCUUCAUAAGGGUAUCAGGGUCGGAGUUGGUACAAAAAUACAUUGGAGAAGGUUCUCGAAUGGUUAGAGAACUUUUUGUCAUGGCCAGAGAACAUGCUCCUUCUAUCAUUUUUAUGGAUGAAAUUGAUAGUAUUGGAUCAGCAAGGAUGGAAUCUGGCUCUGGAAAUGGUGAUAGUGAAGUUCAAAGAACUAUGCUGGAGCUUCUUAAUCAACUAGAUGGAUUUGAAGCAUCAAACAAGAUCAAAGUUUUGAUGGCUACAAAUCGUAUUGAUAUAUUGGAUCCAGCUCUCCUUAGACCUGGAAGGAUUGACCGGAAGAUUGAGUUCCCCAAUCCCAAUGAAGAUUCUCGUUUUGACAUCUUGAAGAUCCACUCGAGGAAAAUGAAUUUGAUGCGUGGGAUUGAUCUGAAAAAGAUUGCAGAAAAAAUGAAUGGCGCUUCUGGUGCAGAACUCAAGGCUGUAUGUACUGAAGCAGGUAUGUUUGCUUUGAGGGAAAGGAGAAUUCAUGUAACACAGGAAGAUUUUGAAAUGGCCGUGGCCAAGGUGAUGAAGAAGGAUACCGAAAAGAACAUGUCAUUGAGGAAAUUGUGGAAGUAAGAACUGCAUGAAGUUUAUGCAUUUAUUUUUCGGUGUUGGUGAUUCUUCCUUCAUGUUAGUUCAUAGCUAUUCGAAUAGCUAUAACUUGAUGAAUUAUACUUUCUACUCUUGUAACUUUGAACGUUUUUAUAGAUUAUUUUGAUUUUUCCUCUAAAAGUAUUUAGCUAUGGUGUUGGAUUGUUUUUAUUUUUUAGAGAACUUUCGAUCUUAGAAUGGAUGAUCUUAUGUUAUAGCAGGCUCAUUUGGUAUAUUACAUUGGGUCCGUUCUCCAUAAA